UGCAUUUUUUAAAGUGACUUAUUCAUUUUAAUUUCAAAUUCGAAAUUUUGAGUGAAAAUUCGAAACGGUGAAAUGUUUUCUUUUAGUCAUUAAAAAAAAUUCGUUAUACCAUUAUUCAAACUGAACUUUGGAUUCAGUUACAAGUGCUCAAUAUAUUUCGAGAAGACGGAAUCGUUUGUGUCAUGCAACGUUUCAUUAUAUUUUAGUUUUUCUGAUUUAAAAUGAAUAUUCUGAAAAGGACUACAUUACAAAUUCGACGUGGUGUCAUUUAUUUUAGUAGUAAGGCCGAUAAAACUAGUUUUUCACCAAACAAAUACUGUCUAGAUUUGGUUAGACACCAUGACUAUGAGAAUUUUUUGGCCACACUUCUCAUCAAAGGUCAAUCAGAGAGACGUGGUGCGUUUGCGGUGCGAGCAUUCAAUGUGGAGAUAGCAAAAGUGGCUGGAUCGGUUUCCGAUGAGAAAAUUGGACAAAUGCGUCUCAAAUUUUGGUAUGAUGCACUCAAUAAAAUUUACGACAAAGAUGUAAACAAAAAGUUACCCGAUCACCCAGUCAUAUACGAAGUGAAUAAUGCAGUGGGUGAAUAUAAAUUACCAAAACUAUAUUUCCAACGGUUGAUUACAGCACGGCAGCGUUCGGCAAAUAUGAUGUUUUCAACAGUUGAAGAGUUAGAACAGCACACCGAAAUAUCCACAUCAUCCAUAUAUUAUUUACUGUUGAAAAUAGCCGGCGUGGAAGAUUUGAAUGUGGAUCAUGCUGCAUCCCAUUUGGGCAAAGCCCAGGGAAUUGCGAAUAGUCUGAGAGCAUUGGGCGCUGCAACAGUGAGACAAUCACGGGGUCUGUCUGUACUCCCACCGAUUCCACAAGAGAUUCUAUUGAAACAUGGUUGCAGCUAUGAAAAGGUACUUCGUCAAAGACCUGAAGAUAUUGCCGUUCAAAAUUGUGUAUUCGAUGUUGCGGGCACUGCGAAAGUGCAUUUGGAUAAGGCACGAAGCUUAAGUAGUAAAAUUCCUUCGGUUGCAAAAAAUAUCUUCCUACCCGCUGUGGCGGUUGAUCGAUUUUUAACCCGACUACAAUUGGCAAAUUUUCAAUUGUACAGCGAUCGUUUAGCAAAACGUGAUGGACUGUUGGCGCUAGUCUAUUUUUGGAAUAAUCUUCGACGAAGAUUUUAAACCACCCUGAAAAUGUUGUAAAAAAUAGAGUGAAAAUAAAAAAAAAACAAGCACAAGUUUUAAACUUAAAU